AUGGAGAAUCAAGCUGAUAAGAAGUUCACUUGGGUGAUUAAUAAUUUCUCCUCUUUUGGUCGUGGUAGUGAAAUUUACUCUGAUAUAUUCGUGGUUGGUCCCUGGCAAUGGCGUCUAAUUGUCUAUCCCAAGGGAACUUAUAAGUAUGGUAGACCUUAUGGUGAUUAUCUAUCUCUGUAUAUAUGUGUUCCUGAUUCUGAAUCUUUGCCUUCUGGUUGGAGAAGACGUGCUAAAAUAUCUCUUACAAUUGCAAAUCAAAUCACGGAAGAACUCUCCAAAAUGCGAGAAGCAGAAUACUGGUUUAAUCAAAAUAACACAACAUGUGGUUUUGAAUCCAUGAUAAAUUAUUACAAGUUUGAUCUUAUUGAUGGCUUUAUUGUAAACGGACAAGUCAAGAUUGUUGCAGAAGUAGAUAUGCUUGAACUUAUUGACAACAAUGGGUUUCAUGUUCUUGCUUCAGAGGUAGAAUCUGUGAACAGUCUGUUUUCAAAGUAUCCAGGCUUUGCAUCAAAACUAUGUCCCCAGAGCACUCAUCAGAGGGAAACAUAUGUGAACGUCGUGCUAAGUCUGACUGAGAUUGUGUGCAAGGCCCCAGAGGAACUCUCCAAUGGUGAUCUGGCCGAGGCAUAUUCUGUACUACGAUUUGUGAAAAAAGCAGGGUUUAAGUUGGAUUGGUUGGAGAAGAAACUGAAAGAGAAUGGUAUGACUCGGCUCCAUGGAAUUAAGGAAGAGUUGAAAGACUUGAAGGUGAAGUGUGCAGACAUGGAUGCUCUGCUUGAGUUCUUACAAUGA